CAUAGAGAUGUGUGGUGCAGAGUGGCCUUCUGCCGCAACCAUAGAGAUACGCAGAGGCCAGCUAGAGCGUCGCUCGGCAAACCGGCUUCCUCUUCGCUAGUCCUCCUUCCCAAGAUGGCGCAGUCGAUUAACAUUACGGAGCUGAAUCUUCCACAGCUAGAAAUGCUCAAGAACCAGCUGGACCAGGAAGUGGAGUUCCUGUCCACGUCCAUUGCCCAGCUCAAGGUGGUACAGACCAAGUAUGUGGAAGCCAAGGACUGUCUGAACGUGCUGAACAAGAGCAACGAGGGGAAAGAAUUACUUGUCCCACUGACGAGUUCUAUGUAUGUCCCUGGGAAGCUACAUGAUGUGGAACACGUGCUUAUUGAUGUGGGAACUGGCUACUAUGUGGAGAAGACAGCUGAGGAUGCCAAAGACUUCUUCAAGAGGAAGAUAGACUUUCUCACCAAGCAGAUGGAGAAAAUCCAACCAGCUUUGCAGGAGAAGCAUGCCAUGAAACAAGCCGUCAUGGAAAUGAUGAGCCAGAAGAUUCAGCAGCUCACAGCCCUGGGGGCAGCUCAGGCUACUGCGAAGGCCUGAGACUAUGUUGGAGAGAGGAGGCAGAGGGAUUCUGCUUCAGGGGGCCUGGGACUUUGCGGGCUGCGGGCCUGGCCUCCUGGUGCCUGGGGACGGGAGGGGUCUGUGUUUAAUACUAAUAAAUGUGCCGCCGGGCA